AAUGCCGCAUUCAGGUUCUUGCGCAGCUGAGGCCAGAAGACUUCCCCUUAUGACAGGCGCAGUAUUCUGGCCAUCAUUGGUUCAGUUUGUUACAGUACAAGGAAAGAACCUAAAUGGAGCAUAUUUGAGUCAUGGCGAAGGUUUUUCAAAUUACUUGAAACCUCAUGAGGUGGCACCAUGGCACAUUUGAAAUACUGAACCGAAGACCGGAGCACCAAGGGCAUGAAACUGGCAUCUUAGAAACAGCCAAUCCUACAGUCAUCUCCAAGUGGCCAGGUCCACCCACAGUAGGGGGAGAGACGGCUAGAGGAAAAGAGACGCAGAAAGAUGAGCGGAUUGAAAGAGGGAAGAACGGACCCGGGUACCGUUCACCGUGAGAGGGUCACUCUGGUUGUGGACGGUAGCCAUUUUGUGGUGGACCCCGCCACCUUCACUGCACACCCCAACACCAUGCUAGGAAGAAUGUUUGGCCCAGCGCGACAGCACAACUUCACCAGGCCCAAUGGGAAGGGCGAGUAUGAACUGACAGAGGGCAUCAGUGCCAGCAUCUUUCAGGUCAUACUGAACUUUUAUCAGACGGGUGUUAUGAGGUGUCCCGAUGGCAUAUCAGUGUCGGAGCUGAGAGAGGCUUGCGAUUACCUCUGUAUCAACUUCAGUGCCGGCACAGUCAAGUGUCGCGACCUCAGUGCCCUGCUUCAUGAGCUGUCCAACGAUGGGGCACGGAGGCAGUUUGAGGGCUUCCUGGAGGAGCUGGUGGUGCCUGCCAUGGUGUCAUGUGCCCAGGGAGGGGAGAGGGAGUGCCACAUCGUGGUUUUGGCCGAUGAUGACAUUGUGGACUGGGAUGAGGAACACCCUCCACCCAUGGGAGAGGAGUAUUCCCAAAUUUUGUACAGCUCCAAACUCUACCGCUUCUUCAAGUACAUCGAGAACAGAGACGUUGCCAAAACCCUGCUGAAGGAGAGAGGUUUGAAGAACAUCCGGAUAGGCAUUGAGGGGUACCCAACCUAUAAGGAGAAAGUGAAGCGGCGCCCGGGAGGAAGGUCAGAGGUCAUCUACAACUAUGUGCAGCGGCCCUUCAUUCAGCUGUCUUGGGAGAAGGAGGAAGGGAAGAGCCGCCACGUGGACUUCCAGUGCGUCCGCAGCAAGAGCGUGCCCAACCUUGCGGUGCCAGGGGAGGAGGGCGGAGGUGGGGCGGCCUGGGGGGGCACCAUGCCCACCCCGCAGGUGGAUGAGCUGGACAGGCUCAACGGGCCAGCGCCCUCUCGACUCCCCCAACUCUCCCAGACUGCAACCAAUGAAAGCUGAGACUCUCGGACCACACCCCCACCUCAAAUCUGCUGCUACCCAUCUCAUCCCGAGGCUCUUGGACUAUUUCCUUCAAACCAGUGGAAGUUGUUAUUCCCUUGGAAGCAAGCAUAUUGGCAAGAGCACAGUGCUUGUCUUCAACAGGGUGCACAUUAAAAGUUAAGGUAUUGUUGGCCAUGUUGGAUAUAUUGCACCUCUGAUAACUGCAAGACUGUCCUCGCAUACAGAGGGCUAUGUUACUGUUCUAACUAGGCACUUCUAUUGUUUGGAAUGCGAAAUCGUCAUUUUGGUGGAUAGCUUUGAAUGUCAUAUGACUAUUUCAGAGAUAGCUUUUAUACACAUACAUGUGCAAUAUAUGCACAUUCUAUGACGUUAUGUGUCGUCUGUGAUGGUAUGCAUUUAAAAUACCUGCUGUUUUAGUCACUGUUGUAGGCAUGCAAAUGAGAUGUAGGCCUAUGAAUGAAGCCAAUUUGUUUUAUAUUCCAUUCCAAAUGACAUGUUCCCAUGGCAACAUGACCUUAUGAAUGUGUGCCACGUUCAACAUGUUGAUGCGUCUGCCAUGUUAUACUGUCUCCCUGAGCCUGUAGAUCCUAUAAUCAGUUGUAGGCUAGAUGAAUGUGUGCCUUGAGUAAUUAAAGAGCAUUAUACAUA